UUUACUACCUACUGUUGUAAUAGUACUUUGAAUUUAGUUUUUCCCUUUAUUGUAGAAAAAAAAAAAAAAUUUCUUAUCAAUUUACAAGUAGCGCGUUUCUAUUUGCGUUUUAGCCACCAUCAAGAUUUCACAAGGCAAAACGACACCAAAAUGCGUCGUGACGUUAAUCCGGGCCACAGCUGUUGUUUGGUUUCGACCUUUUGUCGGCUAGCUCAUUUUUCCUCCGGAGGACGCCUUAGCGUAAGCCGCCCCGCGCCGUUUGAUUUCCCACACUUCUGCGGCACUUGAACACAACGCGGCGAGUUUGGCGUCGUCAUCCGUUUUGAAAAAAAAAAAAGAAAAGAAAUGGCGGCCCUCCUGAGGGAGAUGGCACGCCUUCCUCCCGUUUGCGCUCGUCGUCACACGUGGCCCGACGAAAGCGAGGAGCGGGAAUCUGCACGAGAGCCGCUUCGAUAAAUGCGGACGCUCAGAUUUGAAAAAACAACAACAAAACAAAACAAAAACAUUUCUCGACUUGAUUGAUGUUCACACAAAAUACACUUUUUUUCAUUCUUCCUCCUUUCAUACAUCCGUGUUUCCUUCCUUCAUCCUCUCUUCCAUCUUUCCUGCGUCCCUUUCUUCUUUCCUUUCAUCAUUUUUUCCAUCCUUCUUUCCUUUCACAAUCAUCCUUCCUUUAAUGCAUCCUUGUUUCCUCCCAUCCAUGCUACCUUCCAUCCUUUCAUCUUUCCUUACCUUCCUUCCAUGCUUCCUCUUUAUCUUCCUUCUUUCCUUCCUAACUUUUCAGACCAUCCUUGCUCUCUUCUUUCCAUCCUUCUUUCAUCCUCCCUCCCUUCCUCCUUUCCAUCCUUCCAUCCUUUUCACACAUCCUUGCUUCCUUCAUUCAUCCUUCCUCCCUUCCUUUCAUCCCUUCCCCAUCUUCCUCCCUUCCUUUAUCCUUCUUCCGAUCCGUUUCUCCAACUUCCUACCUCUCCCUUUUUCCUUUCCCUUAUUUCAUACAUCCUUGUUUCCCCUUUUUCAUCCUUUCCUCCUCUCUUCCCACCGUCUUUCUUUUCAUACAACCUUGUUUCCUUUCUUCCAUACAUUUCCUUCCUCUCACUGUGCCUUUCUUCUUUUUCCUUUCAUCCUUCUUUCCUUCCUUUUCAUAUAGUAUUGUUUUGUUCCCUCCAUGCUCCCUUUUCCCCUUUCCUCUUUCCUUCCUUUCUUCCUGCCAGCCUUGUUUCCAUUCUUCCUCCAUCCCCACCUUCCAUCCUUCUUUCCAUCCUUUUGCAUACAUCCUUGUUACUUUCUUUCAUCAAUUCAUCUUUCUGUCCUUUUUUCAUCCUCCCUUCCCUUCCUUGCUUCUCAUAGCAUCCUUGUUUCAUGUCUUUCAUACAACCUUUUGGCUCCCUCUGUCCUUUUGGUCCUCCUUUCACGCUUCCUUGUUUCCUUCCUUCCUUCCCUCCAUCCACCGAAUGUGAAGUGCGUCCGUUUCGCAAGUGUCAAAAUGUCCUCCCGUGCAGCGGCGGUGUCGUGUCCACUUGUUAACCUCGGUUGACCGAUGCUCCCUUUUUUUAGCGGCGUUUAUGUCACGUGACAGCUGAGCCGCCGCCGCUGCUGAACGGACCUUCCAGGGGCGGGGUGAAAAUAGCCGCCAACCGGACGUCGUCAUCCGUCAAUGAAUCAAUGAGGUUUUGUUGCAGGGGGCGCUGUUGUGCACGCUGAUGUUGACAUUCUGACAACCUGUUUGACUGGCAACCUGACCUGUCAAUCAUGAGGUAGCCCCGCCCUAAAGCCGCUCGCUCUCAGUCUGGACGGUGUCUGUGCGUGUGUCUGUGCGUCUGUGUGAGUGCUGGAUGUGUUUGUGCGUUUGUGUUUGAUGUAUGUGUAUGUUUUGCGUUUGUUCGUGUGUGUGUUGGUGCAUUGUUGUGUGUUUGUUUGUAGGUAGUUGUGCUGCGCACGUGUGUGUGUUUGUACAUAGUUGUGCAUUAUUGUGUGUUUGUAUGUUUGUGUACAUAUGUUGUUAGUGUGUUUUUGCAUUGUUGUGUGUUUUUGUCCAGGGGGGAUUGCUGCAUGUGUGUGUGUUUUUAUUUUGUAUGUUGUUGUGUUAUUUGUUUGUACAUUUGUGUGUGUUUGCAUGUGUUUGUGCAUUGUUGUGUGUGUGUGUGUCUGCGUCUUGAAUGUGUGUUUGUACGUGUGUGUGUGUUUGUGAAUGUGUGUGUGUGUGGAUGUGUUGGAUACCUGUCUUAGUACGUUUGUGUUUUGUGUGUAUGUGUGUACAUUUGUAUGUGUGUGUUAUUGUGUCUUUGUGCAUUGUUGUGUGUGUUUGUGCAUUGUUGUGUGUUUGUGUGUGUUGGAUGAGUUUGUUUGAUGUGUGUUUGUAUGUUUGUGUUUUGUGUCUAUAUGUUUGUGUAUGUGCAUGUUAGAGAAUGUGUGUGUGUGUGUUUGUGAAUCUUUGUGUGUGUUUGUGCAUCGUUGUGGCUGUGUUUGUGUGUGUUAUUACAUUGUGCAUUUUUGUGUGUUUGUAUGUAUGUGUUUGUGCAUUGUUGUGUGUGUGUUCAUCCUGUUGAUUUGACGUGUGCGUUUGUAUGUUUGUGUGCUUAGCGUGUGUUUUUGUACGUGUGCGUUUGCAUUCAUGUUUGUGUUUGAGUGUGCAUGUUUUCGCAAACGUGUAUUUUGUGUGUGUGGUGGAUGUGUGUGUUUGCACGUGUUUGUUUGUGUGUGUGACAAUCGAGUUUCCCUAACAAGCGACAGUUCUGGCUAAUACGUGCUAAUACAGCGUGGCGUGUUUAUGGUUUGUUACGACCCGCCGCUGUGUCUUUUUACAGCUCAGGUCAGGCCAUCGCUCUUGACUCCGCGUUCACGGCGCCCGCGCGAGGACGAGAGCGGGACCGACCCGCCCGAGGAUUUAGGUUGCCGGGGGAUUUGGGCUCGGAGGAUUACCUCGUAAUAGAUCCGCAGGAGGAGGUCGCGCGCAGGAAGUACGGCGUGAAGGACUCGGCAUGGCGCCUCCGUCUGACCGUCCUUUGGUCUUCCUAGGCGCCUACGAUGACUCGGGUCCCGUUUUUGCUGAUGCGCUGACCGUGGUCCGGGUGCCGCCAUGUUGAUCAAGGAGUACCGCAUCCCCAUGCCCAUGAGCGUGGACGAGUACCGCAUAGCUCAGCUCUACAUGAUACAGAAAAAGAGCCGCGAGGAGAGCUGCGGCGAGGGCAGCGGCGUGGAGAUCCUGGAGAACAAACCGUACCGCGACGGGCCCGGAGGCUCGGGCCAGUACACCCACAAAGUCUACCACAUCGGCAAGCACAUCCCGUCGUGGUUCUGCUCCAUCCUGCCGCAGGCCGCCCUGCGCGUGGAGGAGGAGUCGUGGAACGCCUACCCUUACACGCGCACCAGGUACACGUGUCCGUUCGUGGAGAAGUUCUCCAUAGACAUCGAGACGUACUACAUGCCGGACACUGGCGACCAGUCGGACGUCUUCAGUCUGUCCUCGGCUGAGAAGAGACAAAGGACAGUCGACCCCAUCGACAUCGUCAAGGACUACAUCGCUCCCCACGAGUACCUGGCGGAGGAAGACCCCCGCCUGUACCAGUCGCUCAAGACCAGACGAGGUCCGCUGUCCGAGGACUGGAUCGAGGAGAUCGGCCGGACUCCCGGCGAUCGCUCGGUCAUGUGCGCCUACAAGCUGUGCAAAGUGGAGUUCCGAUACUGGGGCAUGCAGUCCAAGAUCGAGCGCUUCAUCCACGACGUGGGCCUGCGCAAAGUGAUGGUGCGAGCCCACCGCCAGGCGUGGUGUUGGCAGGACGAGUGGUACGGCCUGACCAUCGAGGACAUCCGGCUGCUGGAGCUGGAGACCCAGCUGGCCCUCGCCAAGAAGAUGGCCCAGUACAGCCUCAGCGAGGAGGGCGCUUCCGAGACCAACGGCCACCCCGGCGCUCAGGACCGGGACGAGAAUCCGCGCGACGUCGCCGGAUCCGGACCCGCCGCCGAGGCCGAGGUCGGCGGCGCGACGCCGGGCUCGGUGCUGGACAACCGGGGAGAGCUGACCAAGCAGUGGUCCACGUCUUCCAGAUCCUCCAACAGGUCAUCCAAGAGAGGAGGAAGUCCCUCUCAUCACAGCCUGAGCGAGUGGAGGAUGCAGAGCAUCGCGCGAGAAUCCGACGACAGCACGGACGACGAGUUCUUUGACGCGCACGAUGGUUUCUCUGACGGCGAGGAGGCACAGCCCAAGGAGAUCACCAAGUGGAGUUCCAACGACCUGAUGGACAAAAUGGAAACCAUAGAAGUGGACGAGGUUCCAGAGUCGCUGUAUCCCGAGUCGGGCGGGGACUUUGGCCAAAUGACCAACGAGGAGCCACACGCCGAGGCGUCUCGGCAGUGUCUUCAGCCGUCCAAAAUCCACGUGCUGAUUCUGGUCCUGCACGGAGGAAACAUUCUGGACACGGGCGCAGGCGAGCAGAACAGCAAGCAGGGUGACGUCAACACGCUGAGCGGCGCCUUCGAGACGGUGAUGAGGGUGCACUACCCGGCGGCACUGGGCCGCAUCGCCAUCCGCACCGUGCCGUGUCCCGCUGUCUGCGUGGAAGCCUUCUCUCUGGUGUCCAACCUGAGUCCGUACAGCUACGACGAGGGCUGCCUGUCCAGCAGUCAGGAUCACAUCCCGCUGGCCGCGCUGCCUCUCCUCGCCACGUCGGCGCCGCAGUACCAGGACGCGGUAGCCGCGGUCAUCCUCAGAGCCAAUCAGGUCUACACAGACUUCAUCAGGUCCCUGGGAGGAGCCUCCUUCAACGGACAGGUGUGUGUGAUCGGGGACUGCGUCGGAGGCAUCCUGGGCUUUGACGCUCUUUGCAGUAGUUCUGUUCUGGUGUUGGAAAGUCCAAACAGCAGCAGGCGGGGCAGCGCCAUCAGCGUGCAGGACACGGAGCUGCUUUCUCCCGGCAUCGUCAUCAACAGCGCGUCGCCCUCGUCGCCGUCCCUGGAGGGAAGUCGACACCUGAGCCGGAGUAACAUCGACAUCCCUCGGUGCUCGGGGCCCGACGACCCCAAGAAGCAGCUGCCGCGCAAACGCAGCGACUCCUCCACCUACGAGCUCGACACCAUCAAGCACCACCAGGCCUUCUUGUCCAGCCUUCACUCCAGCGUGAUCCACGCGGAGUCCUGCUCGCGGCGCUCCAGCAACAGCACCAUGCUGGAGGGAGGAUCGCUGGGCAAGUUUGACUUUGAGGUGACAGACUUCUUCCUGUUUGGAUCUCCUCUGGGCCUGGUGCUGGCGCUCAGGAAGACUGUGGUGCCCUCGUUGGACGUGACGGCUCUGCGUCCGGCCUGCCAGCAGGUCUACAACCUGUUCCACCCGGCAGACCCGUCAGCUUCGCGCCUGGAGCCUCUCCUGGACAAACGCUUCCACCUGCUGCCCCCCUUCAGCGUCCCGCGCUAUCAGCGCUUUCCCCUGGGGGACGGACACUCGGCUCUCCUGGUGGAGACGGUGCAGGGCAACCCUCAGCUCCUGAUGGAGCCGGCGUUCCAUCGCAGUCAGGAGAUGGGCGUGAACGAGACCUCCAUCCCCGUGCCCGUCCUCAACUGGCCGUCCUCCGAUGGGAGCGCUCACAUUUCGGUGGACGCCGCCUACCCGCCGCCGUCCACGUCUCCCGGUGUCCCUCACAUCCGCUGCCACCGCCGGGCGAGCGAGGCCAGCCUGGCGAGCCAGGUGUCGGGCUUGGCCGAAUCGUAUGCCGCCUCCAACGUCGCCAACAGUAAGUCGGCCUCGGGCCUUCGGUCCCCGCACGUUCCUCGCGCGCUCGCUUGUUUGACGCCUUGUUCCGAACCAAACGUCCCCUCAGCCGGCCGGGUGAAAAAAAGGCUCAGUCUUCUGUCCCAGAUUCCCUUCCGUAAACUCGCCUCCCGGACGCCGUCGUUGCGCUCGUGCAGGAAAACCCGCCAGGUGUUCCUGAGAGCCGCCGAGUCGGAAGCAGGCUCGGACGCCGGCUCGGAUGUCACCGCUGACAUUCCAGACAUCACCUCACCCGGGGCACUAAACAACUUGGCGCAAGUUGCGUCUCGCUGGUGGGGCAGCAAGCGGAUGGACUACGCCCUCUACUGUCCCGAUGCCCUGACGGCGUUCCCCACCGUGGCCCUGCCGCACCUCUUCCACGCCUCCUACUGGGAGUCCACAGACGUGGUGUCCUUCCUGCUCAGACAAGUAAUGAGGCACGAGAACUCCGGAAUUCUGGAGCUAAAUGGCAAAGAAGUGUCAGAGUUCACGCCAUCCAAGCCCAGAGAAAAGUGGCUGCGCAAGCGGACUCAUGUCAAAAUCCGGAAUGUGACGGCCAACCACCGUGUGAACGACGCCGUGUUCACAGAGGACGGCGCCCAGACGGUCACCGGUCGCUUCAUGUACGGACCGCUGGACAUGGUGACGCUUACGGGAGAGAAGAUCGACAUCCACGUCAUGACGCAGCCCCCCUCGGGCGAGUGGGUCUAUUGCGACACGCAGCUCACCAACAGCAGCGGUCGCGUCUCCUACGCGCUUCCCGACAACAAGCGGCUGGGAAUCGGGGUGUAUCCCGUCAAAAUGGUGGUCAGGGGCGACCACACGUUUGCCGACAGCUACCUCACCGUGGUACCACGCGGGACCGAGUUUGUGGUGUUCAGCAUCGACGGCUCGUUCGCCGCCAGCGUGUCCAUCAUGGGCAGCGACCCCAAGGUGCGAGCGGGAGCCGUGGAUGUGGUCAGGUACUGGCAGGACCUGGGCUACCUGAUCGUGUACGUGACGGGGCGUCCCGACAUGCAGAAGCAACGCGUGGUGGCGUGGCUGUCGCAGCACAACUUCCCGCACGGCGUGGUCUCCUUCUGCGAGGGCCUGGUUCACGAUCCGCUCCGCCACAAAGCCAACUUCCUCAAGUGCCUCGUCAGCGAGGCCCAGAUGAGGAUCUUCGCUGCCUACGGCUCCAGCAAGGACAUUUCGGUGUACGCCAACGUCGGCCUGCCGCCGUCGCACAUCUACAUCGUGGGAAGACCCACAAAGAAGAUGCAGCACCAGUGUCAGUUCAUUCCGGACGGCUACGCCUCGCACCUGUCCCAGCUGGAGUACAACCAGCGUUCCCGUCCCGCCAAGUCGGCCAGCGCCCGCAUGGUCCUGCGCAAGAGCAGCUUCGGGUUGGGCGCCGCCUCGGGGGACUUCCUGCGCAAGCGCAACCACAUCUUCCGCACCAUUUCGCCGCAGCAGCCCGGCGGCCCGCCUUCCGGCUCCCCCAAGCCGCCGGGCCGGACGGAGCGAACGCAGAGCCAGUGCGAGGCGGAGCGCGGCGUGACGGCGGCGGCCACGGCGCAGCGGAGCAUGAGCGUGGCGGCCGGAUGCUGGGCACGCGGCGGAAGCGCGGGGUUACACGGCCCCAAAUGAGGCGGCACGGCGGGAGCCACCGUGAUCUCUAAGGAGUGGACUCGAGCCGACUGUGUAGCAUGACUCUUUUACACUAACACUUUUAUAUAGCAUACGACACGGAAGGUUUCAAUGUAAUGAGCCUUACGCUAACGUCACACACGACACUUACAUAAAGUAUAUCAUACAUUUUCUAUAAAAGCAGACCAAGCAUUCAAUGUAACAGCUCAGGUUCAUUUCAUUUGAAAAAUGUCGCCGUGGUAACCCACUCAUCGUUUCCAGUGGGAAGUUAUGUGAGCAGUUAUGCCAUAUGCUUGAUAUCCGGCUUAAGGUCCAUGUACUCAAUAGUAAGACAAUUCGGCGCACUAGUUGAAUGACUGUCCUACUAGUAUGGUUUUUUUUCUCCCACUACUGUACUUUCUGUACACGAGUAGGACAACUUUUGGCAUACUACAUGCUAUUAGUGGGGUAUAACUGCACUAGUUGACAUCUGCACACUACUAGUACUACUAGUGAUAAAACGUAUAAUGUCACCUACAGUGACUUCUAUAUUUAGAGAUGUCGUUGUGCUGCUUGUAUGGCAAAAUUGUCAUACAUUUGGAAGAAACGUUACGAGUAAGACAGUAGUUCUACUAGUGGGGGCUAGUCGAUCUACUAGCGCACUUUAUUGGCUUACAAACGCGGACAGAGUGUACUAAUAUAUUUGUCACAUUUGUUAACCUGUCGCGCUUUAGAUUUUUUGGGGCGAUGUCGUCAGUUUGUAUUAUCUUUCAGCUUGCUCUGAUUGUCGUCAGCUUCAGCAAAAUGUUUCCACAUCUCAGUUGAUGCCUCGUUUUUCUUAACGAGGAACGUAAAAGCUUAUUUCUUGCUCCCUCUGAACACGAGGUGCAGAGUGCAGACGCCAAACUGUGUGUGGCUCUGUUACUUUCACUCCUACAGUACCGGCACUAAAAAAAAAACCCAUUCAAAAUCAAAAGUAAGGUAUUGCUGCUCUGUUCGGCAAGAUCUUUGUACCUCAGGAUUGUUUUGUCACUUUGUGACCUUUGAAAGUUUCAUCAAUUUAAAAAAAAGUGCCAGAUAGUGAUAACUGAAAGUGACGUGAUCAGCCCUGAUUUGCGAUGAGGUGAUUAAAUCGGGACAACGCUACCUGCCAAUUUCUCCCAAUUGCCAUUUACAAUAUCAAAUAAAUGCUCAAGCAGCUUUCCAUACUGCAUUUGCCACCGGUGUAACACACAAUAUGUUUAUUGUUCAUACAAGCCCUCCAGUUUCCUUGUAUGUGGCCAACAAGGCCUUCAUGUCGCGUUCACAGCACUGAUCCCUUUAUAGCCAGCUUCGCUUUGCAAUACCUCUCAUCGACCCGCUGGUGGCGUUGUGGUCCUCCUAUGUACUACUGCUGCUCCUUUUUCCAAAUAUUUACCGCUUGAAUGUUUAACGUGUGUAAUUUUCCACCUCUCUUUUUCCAUGCGGAUUUUCGUGACAAGCUGGCACUGUGAUGUUUACUCUCCUCGUCAACAGGGGGCAGCAUAGCGAACGUUGUAGCCUGACAGGCUACUUCCUGGUUGUGUCGCGUAUUUGUGCACCUCGCGUCGUAAUGCUAGGUAGCUACGUGUUAUCUUUACUAUGAUGGUGAAAUGCGAGAAUCGAGGCAGACUGAGUGGAACAAAUACAGAAGGGGACAGAAGCGUUAGCAUUAGCUUUAAGAUUCUACCGCAAUGCUGAUCGUCGCUAAGUAACGUGAGAUUGUCUUUUUAAGGACUUUGUAAGACUCCACAUCGAGUUUACAUGCCUCGCUCGGUGCUGGUGUUUUGGUUAGCAACAGUGUCGUGUCUGUACGGGCUCCUUAAUGUCCGCGUGUGAACGAUGGCUUUUACGAAAUGUGCUAAUGAAGUCACACAGAAUAUUUGAAGACUUCUAAUAAAUCUAACUUUUUGCACAAGGAUACUAGCGACAUAUCCACAUUUGUCGGUUUCGUACAUCGGAUAUAGACAGAAUUUGCAUUGUGUUACAUGUUCCCGCAACUUGCGUCAUGAUGCCAGGUGGCUAUAUGUUAGCAUUUCUAAGUUGAGUUUUAAAAAUUAAAUGUAAAUAGUGACGGUGAAAGGCAGCAAGAUGUCUAAUCGUCGCUAAAGACUGUCAUCUCCACUUAACGAGAGAUCGUCUUUUAUAAACAUUUGUAAGACUCCACACUGAGUUUACAGGCCUUUCUCAGCGCUGCUGUUUUGGUUGGCAACUGUGUGUCGACAGUCUUAUGAACUGAGCUAAUGAAGUCACACUAUUUAUCAUCAGAAAGGAUUUAUGACUCCGUAUUUCAAAAAUAUUUCACAAGGAUAUUAGCGACCUAUCCUGCGGUAAUGGCACAAGAAGGCCACAUUGGCGGCUUCGUACAUCAGAUUUAGGCAGCCUUCAUGUGGCAUCACACGUUACAGAAUCUUGCAUCGCGAUGCUAGGUUGCUAUGCAUUACGCUCUGUGGAGUUUGAAACGAAAUGAAAAUCAAAAAACACAUGGAAACGUCUAGAAUCGUGGCAGAUCGAAUGUAACAAAUACGUGGCGGGACGUUAGCAUGACUCCGUGCCUGCAGUUUUAGUUAGCAAGACUUCAGAUAAGCUGAUGAGAAUGAUGCCGUCUACGAACGUCGUAUUACUAAAACAUAUAUGACGUUAAUAUUCAAAUACUUCUUUGCGCAAAGUAACAACUGAUCUUGCGAAAAUGGCACAAGAGCUGCAUUUCUCAGCUUGGUACGACAACACUUCAGACUUUGUAAGAUUUUACGAGUUUACAUGCCUUGCUGUUUUGGUUAGCAACAGCGUCCUUGAUGUCCGCAUGCGAACGACGGCGUCUUCAAGCUGAGGCACACAAUCGAUGUUUAACCUCAGAAAACUACUAAGACGCCAUCGUUAAAUCAUUUUCUUCGCGCAAGGAUAGCAAGGAUAGCUUUGUUUUGUACGGCGGAUUUAGACAGCACUCCCGUGGCAAUGUUACCAAGUAGGAACGUGGUAUUACAAGUGGACCUGGUGCUAGCUUGUGACGAAAUGUACGUUAUUAAAAGGCCUUAAAAGAAAAGGACACUCUCGCUAACACUCCGGAGCAAAAGCCAAAUGAUCCUUCCAGACUGUAGUUAAUCAACUGCGUAACCUCACUCGUUGGAAAAAAAAAAAAAAAGCUUAUUUUAACUCUGUAGUGCAUGUCUUAUUUAUCGAUUUCAUUCAUUUCAGGGGUUUAAAAAAAAUCUGUAAAUGUGCCAAAUAGUGGACAGUACAUAUUGUUAAUUUGGAAGGAAGGGGACGCUAUUGUUCAGUGUUAAUCGACUUUGGAAGAAAAAGUGACUUAUGCUGCAAACAAAAGGAGACGCCAUUGUGGUCAAAAGAACUUGAAUGUGUCACGCGGUGUACAUACUGUAAAGAUGUAUAAUGAUGAUGAUGUAGGACUGACUUACCUGCUCCAGAGUUAUUUGUUUACCUAAAUGAUCAGCAAUGUAACUACGCCAUCCACGCAUUUCAGGUGAUAUAUAUAUUUGAAAUAUGUAGCAUCCCGUUGUCAGUCGUCAAAGUCUUUGGAGACACAUGCUAAUAAAUCAAGGGUGGGAAAACCUUUGUGAUCGAGGGCCACAUUUGGAUUUUUAAAACAGACUGAUGGAAAAAAAAAAGUGAAAACUAUGUGAAAUUAUGUAACUCAUUCACUGCCAGCCUUCCCAGUUAACAUGGGUAUUUGACUUCUAAAGCCGUCAAUGGGAGUGAAUGUGUUUUACAAAUGUUUUUUUUUUUCAGAAGCACCAAAUUUGGGGGCUAGCGUUAGAAAACAUUUUACAAACAUUUUAAAAACAAACAUUUCACCACCAACUCACAAAAAAAUCUUUCACAAAAAUGUAACCUUUGAUGCAGUAAUUAUGCUGCAUUAUUCCCUAACGGCUCCUUUAAAUAUCCACCAUCAGUGACCAAAAAUGACACAUGCCCUCCAAAAAAAUGCUGUAUAAAUAAUAUUAAUAUUUUCUGUGGUUUGAAUGAGUCAGUAUUUUAAAGUGACUUUUAAAGAGAGUCAUGAAAUUCAUGUUAUUAUUUAAGGGAAUUUGACUCUUUUUAAAGGCCCGUAUGUUGACAUAACUCCAAAAAUAAAUCCAUUCCAUAAAAUAGA